GAGCACCUGCUGUCCUGUUCAUAAAAGGAUCUGAAGUUCUGGCUUGUGUUAUUAUUAUAAGCAUGGCUCCUCGAAGAACUAGAAAAGUCAGUCAGGAUUCUGAAGAGCAGCACAACUGUGACCAGAAAAUUAGACUUACCAAGAGAAAGGAGCUGUUUAUACAACAGUUUGAGAAGGAAGCACAGGACCGGAUAAAUGAAAUGGAGGCUAAUCUGAACAAAUUACUGGCAACUGUAGACCGUGUCUUCAAAAUCGAGCUGAUGAAAAUGCCGCAAUCCCUCCACACCACGCUGAUAAAAGACCUCAUGAAUGACAGUGACACGUCUGUGGGGGAGGUCACGAUGGCAAUCACGUGCGCCUCUCCAGAAAUUCGCAAACCGCUAUCUCGAAAACCAAGCAAAAAAGGUUUAAAUGCUACAGCAGGCCAACAAAGGUCAUCGGGUCAAAACAAGACAGUGGAAGGCCUAAAGAAACCUGCUAAGAAGACCCUACACAACAGCAAGAGCACUGGAAGCCUGAGGUGUGCGUCAACUAUCAGUGCAAAAAGGACCCAAGGACGAGUUGUCAAGAUGAGUGAUCAAACAUUUGGAUUAGGGGGUAAAUUCAGACAAGCAAGUCGCUCUGUCGGUGAUGAAAUGAUGGCUACAGCAACAAUAGUCACUUCCCAUGGAGAAACGCUGUUCCUUUCUGAAGACAAUAAAGAUGACAUCAGUGUCGAGUUGCUUGAUGAUGUGGCUUUAGAUCAGAUGCGAAAGAUCAAGGAUCUAAUGGACUAUCUGUGUAACAAAGUGGGCCUCAAUAACACACGCUGAUGCUUUUUAAUUGCUUCAGCUGCAGCUAGUAUUUAAUCAAUUUUAAAUGUAAAUGAAUAAAUAUAAAGAAAUGCAAUAAAGUGUUUAUAAUUUUGUCUGA